CCCACUAAUACACACACGUGCACACACAUUCAUUGUGCCUAGCUUAGGCUGAUUUUUUCGUCAAAGAAUAUAUUAAAAUUACCGGCGCGUGUGCAUCACACUCUCUCGAUUGAUUCCACAAUGAGCAACAACAGCGUGCCGGCAUCGACGGCAGGCGCGGUGGGGAUCGCAGUUGCGGCACUUGAACUUACUGAUUCCUCCAGCUGGUGGCGCGACAUCGACGAAUCUCCAGCGUGGCAGGACCGCAUCUUCUACACCCUCGCCGUCCUCUACGGCGUCGUGUCCGCUAUAGCUUUGAUUCAACUAGUUCGAAUACAAUUGAGAGUUCCAGAAUACGGUUGGACUACGCAGAAGGUCUUUCACUUUCUCAAUUUUUUGGUGAAUGCUGUUCGGUGUUUAGUUUUCAUCUUCUUUCGGAGUGUACAGAGGUUACAGCCAGAGAUUGUCCAACAUAUCUUACUUGAUGUGCCGAGUCUUGCUUUCUUUACAACAUAUGCACUUUUGGUCUUGUUCUGGGCUGAGAUUUAUUACCAGGCACGUGCUGUAUCCACCGAUGGACUGAAACCAAGUUUUUAUACGAUUAAUAUUGUGGUUUAUGUUGUUCAGAUUGUUUUGUGGUUGGUAUUAUGGUGGAAACCAGUCAGUGUGCUGGUCAUUCUGUCUAAGGUGUUCUUUGCAGGGGUUUCUUUGUUUGCUGCCCUUGGCUUUCUUCUCUAUGGUGGAAGACUAUUCUUGAUGCUGCAACGCUUUCCUGUGGAAUCCAAAGGGCGACGUAAGAAGCUGCAAGAGGUUGGCUAUGUGACAACCAUAUGUUUUUUAUGUUUCCUUAUCAGAUGCAUUAUGAUGUGUUUUAAUGCAUUUGAUAAACAUGCGGACCUUAAUGUCAUGGACCAUCCUAUUCUAAACUUCAUAUAUUACCUGUUGGCAGAAAUAUUACCUUCUUCUUUGGUCCUAUUCAUUUUGAGGAAGCUUCCACCUAAGCGUGGCAUCACACAAUAUCACCCUAUUCGCUGAAAACUGCUUAACAUACCUAGAAAAAGGGAGUCAUCAGUGGUUGAUAAUCUCCUUACCUGAUUCUCACAGUUCAAGGGUAACUUUUAGAGCACAGAAAGCUAGUCUUUUCAAUGUUAGGUGUGACAAAGCUUGUAUGAUGGGUUUUAUGGUUCAUUAAAGCUUGUAGAUUUCAAAACGUGACAUUUCAUGCAUUCUCAAAACAUGUCGAGCUGUGUUAUAACUGAUAUUUGCUUUGUCAAUGGUUGGUUCUGUUGUUUGAGCAACCAUAAUUGGGAAAAUGGGAUAGUGAUGUCUUGUAUAAACAAAGUGUUACAAGUUCGUAAAUGUAUUCUUCACUUCUUUAGUGAUUCCUUUUCUUUCUAUAGUA